AGCCCCGACUAAACGUGCUAAGAUAAUACGCAAUUCGUUACCGUGGUAACGGUUUACGUAGAUAUCUCUGUAAAUGUGACGUUGACGUGUAUGUGACAGUCGUGGUAGUGUUUUUGUUUGUGUGUAUUGCCAUGGAUACCUGAGAAUUAUCGAAAUCAACUGGGUUUGGAUUUUUUCAUUUAUAAUGGAUGAGGUACCAUCCUCGGUAUCAACAAAAGUAAUAAACGCCACAGACCAGAGUAAUGAGGUAUGGUCCGAUAUCCUAGAAGACGAUUCACCAAUACCGCUCGACGCAAGCGAAGGAGGUUUCUUUUCCGGAAACUUUGUACCGCCGCCACCAAGACCUCUUUUCCUAGAUGAAACUGCUACCCCCGAUGGACUUACAACGUGUGAUCUCUGUUCGUGGUCAUUCCAGUAUCAAGGUGGGGGUUUCAAUGUAGAUGCUUCUAAAGAAACUCCGGAACUUGGAUGGGUUCUAACAUUAAUAAUAGUAUCUUUAAUAUCUGCACUAAUAGGAGCUAUAGUUAUGAUAGUAGUUCUACAUUGUAAGCGAUUGAAGACGACGCCUGUGGACGAAAGUGAACGAGGUGUAGCUUUAAAUCAUAGGAUGGUAGCUCAACGGCCACCUAUAAAUAUUCCGGAUGAUAAAGAAAUAAGUACAAUCACUUCCACGACAUUUCCAAAUCUACCUAACAUUCAGAAUUCGAAUAAUGGAGUAUGGUCGUGGUUAUCAAGACGAAAUGUUAGUUCUCCGUCUCCAUUAAACACCCCUCCAACGUUACCUGCGGAAAAUCAUUACACACACAUGGAAGAUGGUUACAACAGUGUUGGUGAAGGUCUUUACGCCGAACUGGAUAGAGAGAGCGCAUCGGAAGAUAACGACAGGGAUAGCAACAGUCCUGCUUAUCAAAAUUCGGCUUACACGGAUCCUGACGCUCCAGCUUCUAGUGCUCCAAGUAGUGCUUACUACUCUGAUCUCUCAACAACUACAGUUCCAGAGAGAGCUUACGAAAUAGUGGGAUUGGUGACUAUGCCUCCUUGGGACAAUAACACGGGUGGUUGUGAACAGAGAAGGCCAGGACAAAGAUUAGCAGCUAUUAGUGAGAGUAGUGCCAGCGUACCCUCGGAUUACGUCUGACAUGUACUAAAACUUUUAAUUUUAGACAAAUUGAACAAAAUGUCAAACAAAUGUAGACUGUUUAGUAUAACUUUCUCAAAUCUUGUAUUGCAAAACUUUUAACUGUGAUGACAGGAAUAUAUUUCAUUUUUAUACAAAUUGAGUCAUGUGAAAUUGAAUAACAAAAUUACAGUUUUUAUUUUAAUCGCAACCUAUUCAACUCACUAUGUAUAUAAAAGAAAUAUAAGUGUCCCGAAUGUAAAUAUUUCUAUAAUACUAUCUUGUACUUAAAAUGUAUUGUAAUAUAAAAAAAGAAUUUAUAAAAAAAAUUAAUCAAAGAUUAUUCGUAUCACAUUGGUAAAGAAAUAAUAUUUUUUCCAAAUUUUAAGUAGGUACACCAAAUAAUAUUGUUUACCAUUAAUAUUGACGAGGUAGUACAACCAGUUAAGAUUAGAAACAUUAUUUAUUAUUGUUUUUUUUAUUUAACAUAAAGCGAGGUUAGAAUUAUUUUGUUCUAUCAGCACUUUUUUUAUAUUUUCACUUAUUUUAGUCAAUGAUGUUCCAUCUACUUACAAGGCAUCUUUUUGAGAUACAUAAUGCAUUUUUGAAUUGUUUACAUAAAUAGAUUUAUUAUAAUGCUGUAUCUGCUUCGGAAAUUGCCGGAAUUGUGCAAAUAGAACAUAAUAGAUUUGCAUAUAUCAGUUUAAGGCGUAAUACAAAAGAGAAUUUUUGUGGAAGAAAAUUUGAUCGCCAAUGUACAGACGAAACCACAACAGUUAUUUAUAUUAAUGUGAAGAAUGUACUCAUUUGCUCUUUCACAAUCUAAUUUUGUUUUUUUUUUCUUCCAAAGAAUUGAAUGCCUACAAUUUAACAGCUCAUUGUAUUGUUCUAUAUAGUUAGAAGAUAUACAUGAGCAAAAGGGCAUAAGUAUCGCUUCUGCCUUGAUUGCCCUCCUUAAAAGGUUUUGGAUUGUCAUUUCAAGUAUUGAAAAAUAGUACUUUGGUCGUACACUUGUGUUCUGCAGAACGAAAACUUCAGAUAUAUCAUCCGCCUUAAAGGACUCUAUGGAAGAAUUUAUACAAAUCAAAAAAAUAACACAAAAAUUAUCAGAGCCAGAGCACAAUCAAAUUCACAAAUACAAAUAGAAAAUUAAAUUAAAAAAUGCCUAAAGGGUGUAGAUUACUAAGUUUUUUUCACCUGAAUAUUUUAGUUAGUAACAACUCUCUCUAAAUCCGUUAUAGGUCUCUAUCCAUUUUUCUAACUCGGAUAUGACACAUCCGAACUAAUCACUUCUAAUUCCAAUAUCUUCAUCGGGUGUUCCAUAAAAUUCCAUCCUUUCUAUACGCUUAAUUCCAUCGUCUACUCAAGUUUUUCUUGUUCAGCUAUGGAUAACUUACAGAGUGAUUCGUAAUGUUCAGCAAAGGUAAUAAAAUCUUGGUCUGGUCUUAUUCGUGUGAACAUUUUUUUUAAUUUUAUAUAUCAUAAAAUGAAAUUCGUCGAUAAAAUUUAUCACCCUAUGCUAUAGCGUACUGGUAAAUCCACCACUGCAAGUAGUUUUAUUGUAGGUACCUACUUGACAAUUAUUUUUUGAAUUUUUGAAUAAAAUACCCUGGUAAGUAAUUUAUGUUAUAUCCACAGACUUAAUAACACAAGAGACCAAAUUGUUUACAUUUCCAAAGUGAACCAAUCAGUAACCCCUCCUCUUUCUAUACCACAACACAGUGUAGCCAAUUUACAAGCAGUAUAAGUUUAUGGAGAAAAAAUAAAAUAAAACGGGAACUAUUUAGUAUAAUGUGCAAUUAACUAAUUGAAAGUAGUUAUUUAAAUUAAUUUUAAUAUAAAAUUUUUUAAUAAUAAAAUCAAACUGUUCCUUAUAAAAUAAAAAUUUCAUCUAUUCAUUAUUCAUAUGAGAUUUCUCAUACGACUUUACAGCGUACUAAAUGCAAGUGUUUUGACCUCCAAAUUUCUGCAAAAUGUCAAUUUCUUGAUUUUGAGAUACGCGGUGGUUAAUAUUUGAAAGAAAAAUUGAUUUAAAAACGAUUAGAAGUGCAUUAAAAAAUACAUACAAAAUACUAACGUUAAAUGUGAUAAAUAUAAAACUAAAAUAUUGUUCAUGAUAUUUGAAAAAAUAGUCAAAGAGCAAAUGAACAUAGUCAUACUAUAAAGUUAAUUUGAGAGACUUUUCGUCGUUUAUAAGUUUUGAUAUCCAUAAUAUCUGUGCUUAUCUGUGGAAAAUAAUGAUAUAUCUGUUCAAUUUAUGAACUCCAUUCAAUUAUUUGGUUCGUGGUUCUGUGGUUUGUGGUAAAGUGGAUCAUUUACUUCCAGAUUUAACAUUUCACAGGCAAAUGGUUUUAUGUUCCUUGUGUUAUUAGGUCUGAGGUUAUAUCUUAACAUUGAACUUAAAAUUAUUCAACAAUACAAAUAUAUCUUUUUAAACUAUUACACAGUUCAAUUUUGUUGUUUUCCGUUUACCAUGUAGAAGUUUUAUUGAUACGAGUGAUCCCAUUAUUAUAUGUACAUAUUGUAAGAUAUAUUUUAUUUAUAAUUAUUUCAACAUUCCAAAAUUUUUGUAUAUGUGCAGUCACUUUGAUACGCACUGACAAACCACACGACUGGAGUACCUGAUACAAGAACUUGCAUUUAGGUACUAUAAAUGUUUAUUGUUCAUUUUAAUUAUCUAUAACAUUUUUAAAAAAUACGAAUUCCUACUGAAUAAUAUAAAAUGCACAUGUUUUCUUUAGCAAAUAUACAAUGAAUCAAUCUUCAAGUCUAAUCAUUAAUUAUGUAUCCAAUUAUUUGUUUUAUAAUACAGUUUACAACAGUGUAAACUGUAAUUAAAAAUCGUUCAAAUGCGCGAUAAGAUCAAUCAAAGCGGAAUAAUAUCAAGAAAAAUUUUUUUCAGCAUAUAAGAAGAGAAGAUUUUUAUUAUUUGUGAAUUUUUUAAAAACUACUAAGUAAUUAUACAUUAAUAUAGAAAUUUGAGAAUGUUAAGGUACAUUUUGAACACUUUUAAGAAUAUAAUUCCUUUGAUGUUUUUUAGAGAACAUCACUGUACCCUAUUCGCCACUAAACUGAAAAACUGAUUAAAUAAACGACUCCUGGACAUUAUUAUUCUAGUUUAAACGAGCUAUCGUGAAGUUUUAAAAGCUUUAUUUUAAUUUUUCAGCAGUUUCAACUUUUCAACUCAGCUAUUGUACUUGCCUAACACAUACAUGAUUAUACAAGAUUCUCUUUGAAACUUCAUGGUUUAAAUUUAAUUAACUAACACUUUCUCAUGCGCUAUACUAAUUGACCUUGACCAGAGUUGAUCAUUUUUUAAACCAACAAAAAAUAAUAGUAGGCUGAAACCCAUUGGAAAAGAGAAAAUUACAAUGAAAAUAAAAGGAAAAAUAAUUAAAGGGCGAUAUGAUAUCGGGAAAGGGAAGGGGUGAAUUUUUUUACAAAAAUCAAGUUUUUUGAAAUAUUGUCCAUGUGAUUUUGUCAUUGUAAUCAUUGUUGGCCAGCAAUUCAGAUGUGAAGCGAAACAUGAAACUUUCUAAAACCUGACAUUUUUUUGAUCUAUAUCACCUUAUCACGUAGUUUACGAAAAUGUUAUUUGUUGCGACAAAAAUGACAAAAUUCCGAUAUUUCUAUGAUCAUAUACAUUCGAAAUAAAAUUAAUUUUCCAUUUUUUGAGCAAAACAGGUGAAUUUGAAAAUCCAUAAGUCUACCAAUUGUUAAAAUUAAAAUGUGUGGUUACAGUUCAAUAAAUCCAUUUCGUCAUAAAAAAUAAUGUUUUCAUGAACCACCUAAAUAAAGGCAGUAUAAUCGUAGAGAAAAUGGUUUUUGAAAAAUUUUAUUCAGUUUCAAGUUUCACCUCACUUCGAAAUUGCUAAAUUGUCCAUAUAUAAAAAUAUCUAUUAUAAAUGUCAAUUUGUGAAUAAAGAAUUUAU